CUCCCGGCUCCAGCGAGCGAACGGCGAGCGGCGAGCAAGCGGCGCAGAGAGGCCCGGCCGCCCGCGGAGCCCGGAGCCCGGCGGCCGCCGCCGCGAUGUUUCCCCGGGAGAAGACGUGGAACAUCUCGUUCGCGGGCUGCGGCUUCCUCGGCGUCUACUACGUCGGCGUGGCCUCCUGCCUCCGCGAGCACGCGCCCUUCCUGGUGGCCAACGCCACGCACAUCUAUGGCGCCUCGGCCGGGGCGCUCACGGCCACGGCUCUGGUCACCGGGGUCUGCCUGGGUGAGGCUGGUGCCAAGUUCAUUGAGGUAUCUAAAGAGGCCCGGAAGCGGUUCCUGGGCCCCCUGCACCCCUCCUUCAACCUGGUAAAGAUCAUCCGCAGUUUCCUGCUGAAGGUUCUGCCAGCUGAUAGCCAUGAGCAUGCCAGUGGGCGCCUGGGCAUCUCCCUGACCCGCGUGUCGGACGGCGAGAAUGUCAUUAUAUCCCACUUCAACUCCAAGGACGAGCUCAUCCAGGCCAAUGUCUGCAGCGGUUUCAUCCCCGUGUACUGUGGGCUCAUCCCUCCCUCCCUCCAGGGGGUGCGCUAUGUGGAUGGUGGCAUUUCGGACAACCUGCCACUCUAUGAGCUUAAGAACACCAUCACAGUGUCCCCUUUCUCGGGCGAGAGUGACAUCUGUCCACAGGACAGCUCCACCAACAUCCACGAGCUGCGAGUCACCAACACCAGCAUCCAGUUCAACCUUCGCAACCUCUACCGCCUCUCCAAGGCCCUCUUCCCGCCUGAGCCCCUGGUGCUGCGAGAGAUGUGCAAGCAGGGCUACCGGGACGGCCUGCGCUUCCUGCAGCGGAACGGCCUUCUGAACCGACCCAACCCCUUGCUGGCGUUGCCCCCCGCCUGCCCCCACGGCCCAGAGGACGAGGACGAGGCCAUGGAGAGUGCCCAAGCGGUGGACCACUCACAGCUGCCCGGGGAAGAUCACAUCCUGGAGCACCUGCCCGUCCGACUCAAUGAGGGUGCGCACCUCGGGGACUGGAGGGGAGGCAGGAGGGGAAGAGAGAGGACGGUGAGCCGGGGAGGGAAAUCUAGGGGGUCCUGGGCUCCUCUGCCUCCACUGGCCGCUGACCUCCCGCCUACCUGCAGCCCUGCUGGAGGCCUGCGUGGAGCCCACAGACCUGCUGACCACCCUCUCCAACAUGCUGCCCGUGCGUCUGGCCACUGCAAUGAUGGUGCCCUACACGCUGCCGCUGGAGAGCGCUCUGUCCUUCACCAUCCGGUGUGGGGGCCGGGGGGUCGGGAGAGGGGCCCUGGGGACGGACUUUGGGAUCAUCCGCGAGUGAUGGUCACCAGGGAAGGUGGGGUGGGGUGGGCAGUACCGAGUCAGGGCACAGACAGGGCCCGGCGGGUGGGCAUGCGAGCCCCUGAACGCGCUGCUUGCCCUGUCCCCAGCUUGCUGGAGUGGCUGCCCGACGUUCCCGAGGACAUCCGGUGGAUGAAGGAGCAGACGGGCAGCAUCUGCCAGUACCUGGUGAUGCGCGCCAAGAGGAAGCUGGGCAGGCACCUGUCCUCCAGGCUGCCGGAGCAGGUGGAGCUGCGCCGCGUCCAGUCGUUGCCCUCCGUGCCGCUGUCCUGCGCCACCUACAGCGAGGCACUGCCCGGCUGGAUGCGCAACAACCUGUCGCUGGGGGACGCGCUGGCCAAGUGGGAGGAGUGCCAGCGCCAGCUGCUGCUCGGCCUCUUCUGCACCAACGUGGCCUUCCCGCCCGAAGCUCUGCGCAUGCGCGCAUCUGCCGGCCCUGCCCCCGCCGACCCCGCCCCCGCCGACCCAGACGACCUCGCGUCCCCGCAGCACCCGCCAGGCCUGCCCCCUUGCUGAGCGCCGCUGCUCUCGCGGCCCGGCUUGUGAUCGGGGCCCUGGGGCUGCCUGAGACCCCAACCCUCUCCAGGGAUCCUGCCUGAGAUGCCUGCUUUACCACUGCAGAGUGAGGAGAUGGGGGGAGUCACAGCUGCCAAGAGGGGCCUUUACCGUGGGCCCCUCGCCAGCCACUCACCAGCUGCACUGAGUGGGGAGGUUUCCACACCUCUCCCCUGGGCCGCUGAGGCCCCGCGUACCUGUGCCUUAAUAUUCCUUCCCCUGUGCUGCCUGGGCACCUCCCCCACCCCCUUACCCCCGAGAACUUUGCAGCUUUCCUUCCUGCCCCAUUUUUCAUGUCCUGCUGAAAAAUGUGUGUGAAGAAUUAUUUAUUUUCGCGAAAGCACAUGUAAUAAAUGCUGCAGCCCAGCCUCUGCCCACUU